AUGUCCAACCACAGAACAGAGGUGGACUGGAUGUAUCUGUGGAAUCUUGCACUCAGGAAAGGAUGCUUGGGAUACAUAAAGUACGUUCUGAAGAGUAGUUUGAUGAAACUUCCGAUUUUCGGGUGGGGAUUUCACGUCUUAGAGUUUGUUCCUGUGGAGAGGAAGUGGGAAGUUGAUGAGCCAGUAAUGCGCCAAAUGCUUGAGACCUUUACCGAUCCUCGAGACCCACUUUGGCUAGCUGUUUUUCCCGAAGGAACUGAUUACACUGAAAAAAAGUGCAAAAAUAACCAGAAGUUUGCCAUUGAAAAUGGAUUGCCCGUACUGAAAAAUGUGCUGGUUCCAAAAACCAGAGGUUUCUUGGCUUGUUUGGAGAUCCUGAGGGUCUCCUUAGAUGCAGUUUAUGAUGUGACCAUAGCAUACAAGAACCAGUGCCCUUCUUUCACAGACAAUGUUUUUGGUGUGGACCCAACCGAAGUACACAUGCAUAUCAAACGCAUUCCACUGGAUAAAAUCCCAUCAUCUGAAAACGAGGCCGCCACCUGGCUUAUGGAUGCAUUUGUUCAAAAGGAUCAGCUCCUUACUGAUUUUGUCGUAAAUGUGCAAGAGGAGUCGCACAUGCUCGCCUUCCUAGCGGCCAUCUGCGGCGGACGUGACCUCGGCCACUCCAAGUUUCCGAACACUGCUUGGUUGAGUCUCCGACCACUGCCUGACCGAGUCUUCGAUAACGACCUCGCGCUAUGGCAUCUGCUGGGAGGCGCGCGGUGCCGGGAGAGACCGCGUGCCGAGCUGACCGACGACGUGCCCAAAAUUCCAAGUUUCGACUGGUAA